AUGGAGAUGACGUUAUCUCAUGGGCUGGAGAAGAUACUUCCAGGGAAGACAUUAGACUUAGACGAUACAUUAUCAGACGAGAACAGAACGAUAACAGAGCAGGCACUGGGAAAUAUGACACUACUACGAGAGUCGACUCCAGAUCCCGACUACUUGUUCUACCGGAUGGCGAACGGGUCCUUCAAACUGCAUCGCACUCCAGCCACCUGGACAGAUGCGCGUCUUUUAUGUUAUGAUGAAGGUGCGGAGCUAGCUUCGCCGGAAGACGAAGCCUUGCUGGCGACCAUGAGCAAAGUGUUGCUGACGAGCAGGCAGCCGCCGCUGUACGUGUUCACGGGGGUAGUCUCUCAAGUGGAUCCCGACAUUUUAAAACCAUCCGACUAUACGAACAGUUCUUUACAGCUAUGCAACUUUGUGUCAACCCUGCAACUUGUCUCAGGCACCCCGUUGUCAGCGAUGCCGGCGCGCUGGGCGCCCGAGGAGCCUGACAACGUCAACCAUGGCGACAACUGCCUGGUCCUACAACGCAAUGGCCUGCUUCACGAUGCCAAGUGCGACGAUGUCUACCCCUUCAUCUGCUACAAGAGGCUGACAACGAGCGGGUUUAAUUUCUGCGGCACUGAUACAGAUUAUAUAUAUGACAAGAGCACGAAGUCCUGUUACAAGUUCCACACCGAUGUAGCAACAUGGCACGAGGCCUACGCCACCUGUUCCCGCGAGGCCGGACACCUGGCCAUUGCCAACAGCGAUGUAGAGGCGAAGGCCCUUAGUCGCAUGUUUCCUAAGGACUGGGGUGUAGCCGCCAUAGGCUUCAGUUACUGGAGGAAGGACUUGUGGGCGACUAUUCAUGGUGAAACCUUGUCAGAGGCGGGCUACGAAACUUGGGGUAAUGGGGAACCGAACGAUUGGCAGGUCCAGCGCUGCGGAGCAGUCUUCGCUGACGGAACCCUCGAUGACAUCGGAUGCCUCCGCUUGAGCGGCUAUAUUUGUGAAAAGAAAUCCAUCUAG